AUGAACACCAAUACUACUGAGACCGGGUUUUUCAAGCCAACGGAGAAGAACGUCGAUGGCCUCCCAGUCCGACUCAUUCUCUGCUUUGAUGGAACCGGAGAUACAAUGCAGGGGUCAUUUAGUGCGAUGAGGGGCAAAACCUCUGGCACGAAGGAUUUGAUCAAGACCAUAUUUGACAUGGCAAGGUCGGGGCCUCGUUUAAACUGA